UUUAGUUAGGGUUAAGAAGAACUAUAGCUACUGCUUUGGUUAGGGAUUAUAGUCGAGGAAGAAGAACACAACGUAGAGAGUAUUGGGAGAAUGGGAAGAAACGGAGGUGGAAGGUCUCUGCAACAAGCCCUCCGUCGCCGUAUUGAGACCUGCAAGUCCAAGUACUCCACUGCCGAGGAAAUCGCCAACCAUCUCCGUUCAACUUACCCCGAUUACCACCGCACCAAACACCAAACCCUAAUUCGAUUUGUCCAGGAAGCGGUUCAUUCCACCGCUAAGCUGAAUCACACUCCCACGCCCAAGUAUUCGGAUGGUGACGAUGACGACAACAUAGAAUCCCGAAGCGCGUCUCGAAAGCGUAGGAAGAAAAUCGACGAGGGUGAAGAGAAGCUGAAGAAGAUGGAAGCGUUACACGUGCGAAGGAGGGUGCCGAAUCCUUCCUCGUCGUCCUCUGCUUCUUCGGAGAGUGAUGACGAGGAAACGGUGUCGACUUCGGAGGACGCAAUUUACGGGGAAAAGGUGGAACCUCAGUUUGAUUUGAUGAAGGAAAUGCUGAGGAAGUCAUAUACGCCGAAGAAGAAGGCGGCGGCGGAGGAAAAAAACGUUGAAAUGGAGAUGAGUAGUAGACCUAAAGACACUGUUCUGAAUGAGGCGACUGAGGUGAGGAAGCAAUCUAUGCGUUCGGUUUCAAACGGUGGUGAGGUUUCAAAUGGUGAGGUGAAGAGGAAGGAUGGGCCGAGAUUUAAGGAUUUGGGUGGGAUGAAGGAAGUUUUGGAGGAACUGAAGAUGGAAGUGAUUGUACCUUUGUUUCAUCCCCAAAUUCCUAGACAGUUAGGAGUGAAGCCAAUGGCUGGAAUUUUGUUGCAUGGUCCACCUGGAUGUGGGAAGACCCGACUUGCUCAUGCUAUAGCUAAUGAGACUGGUCUUCCUUUCUAUAAGAUUUCAGCUACUGAGGUUGUCUCUGGAGUCUCAGGUGCAUCUGAAGAAAAUAUUAGAGAACUAUUUGCUAAAGCUUACCGAAGUGCACCUUCAAUUGUCUUUAUUGAUGAGAUUGAUGCAAUUGCAUCUAAAAGAGAGAAUUUGCAACGGGAGAUGGAGAAGCGAAUUGUGACGCAAUUAUUGACUUGCAUGGAUCAAUCAAAUAGGCUCCUUCAACCAGAUGAUUCAGAGAGCGCUGGCUAUGUUCUUGUAAUAGGAGCUACAAAUAGGCCUGAUGCCAUUGACCCUGCCUUGAGAAGGCCAGGUCGAUUUGAUCGUGAAAUUAUCAUUUGCCAUCCUGAUGAAUCUGCUAGGGAGGAGAUCCUAUCUGUUCUUACUUCCAAUCUUAGACUUGAGGGUUUAUUUGAUCUACAGAGAAUAGCCAGGGCUACAUCAGGAUUUGUUGGUGCUGAUUUGGCUGCUCUGGUUGAUAAAGCUGGUAAUCUGGCAAUGAAGAGAAUAAUUGACGAAAGGAGACGUGAAUUAUCUCAAGAACUCAGGAGUGAGCAUGAAGACUGGUGGAGGGAACCUUGGUCCAGUGAAGAAAUAGAUAAGCUUGCCAUCAAAAUGUCUGAUUUUGAGGAAGCAUCAAAGAAGAUACAACCUUCAUUAAGAAGGGAAGGAUUCUCCAUGAUUCCCGAUGUAAAAUGGGAAGAUGUUGGCGGCCUUGACAUGUUAAGAAAGGAGUUUGAACGGUAUAUUGUAAGACGCAUAAAAUAUCCUGAAGAUUAUGAGAGGCUUGGGGUUGAUCUGGAGACUGGAUUUUUGCUUUACGGACCUCCGGGUUGUGGUAAAACGCUGAUUGCCAAGGCGGUUGCUAGUGAGGCAGGAGCUAGUUUUAUACAUAUUAAGGGUCCCGAACUUUUAAAUAAAUAUGUUGGAGAGAGUGAACUCGCAGUUCGAACAUUGUUUAGCCGUGCAAGGACAUGUGCACCAUGUAUACUCUUCUUUGAUGAGGUUGAUGCUUUGACAACAAAACGUGGUAAGGAAGGUGGCUGGGUUAUUGAACGACUGUUGAACCAGUUGCUUAUUGAGUUGGAUGGCGCAGGGCAUCGGCGUGGUGUUUUCGUGAUUGGUGCCACAAAUAGGCCUGAGGUGAUGGAUCGUGCUCUCUUACGGCCGGGUAGAUUUGGUAAACUUCUUUACGUUCCACUCCCCGACCUUGAUGAGCGAGUUUUGAUAUUGAAAGCUCUUGCAAGGACUAAGGCAAUUGAUGCCGAUGUAGAUUUGAGUGUGAUUGCAAGAAUGAAAGGUUGUGAAAAUCUAAGCGGAGCUGAUCUUGCUGCACUGAUUAAUGAAGCAGCAAUGGCUGCUGUUGAAGAGAAAGAUACAACUAUUAAGAGUAUUCAUUUUGAGAUGGCACUAAGUAAAGUCUCGCCCUCAGUAUCUGACCGGCAAAAGCAGUACUAUCAGCACUUGUCGGAGAGCUUUAAAGUAGCUUUAAAGUAGAGCGAACAACAUGGCAUGGCUAUACAUUAUGUCUGUUCGAAAUAUUUUUGUAAGCAAUGUUAGUAUUCAAUCUGAGAAUGUAAUUGUUGAAAGGCGAAAUGGAAUAUCGAUUUAAGAAAUGUGAAAUGUUUGAAGUAUUCAGUUACUUAUGCUAUUCUUUAUUAUGUGGAAA